AUGGCUGAGUUAAACUUCUACAUCUUAUUUUGUUCCUUUGCCGCUGUCUUGGGCUCUUUUCAAUAUGGAUACCACAUCGGCGAGUUGAACAUUCCUCAGGAUGUAAUUUCCUGUAAAAAAAUCCCCAAAGAUACAGUCCUUUCGGAAUACUCUCUAUCGCCUUGCAUAAAAAUGAACGAUGCAGAGGUUGGCUUAGUGACAGCCAUUUUUACCUUGGGAGGUCUUUUAGGCUCUCUGUUGGCUUCACGCGUCGCGGAUAGCAAAGGAAGACGCCAGACUUUACUUCUCAACAACUUUUUUUUGGGAAUUGCGCCUAUAAUAAUGGGGUUUGCUAACAGCGUGUCCACUCUGGUCUUUGGAAGAGUGUUAGUUGGAAUUGGCUGCGGCGUAGUGACAGUUGUCGUUCCUAUGUAUCUUGCCGAGAUAUCGCCCGUCGAGUACCGUGGAACCUUCGGCGUGAUGAAUCAGCUUGGUAUCGUCACGGGUAUACUAUUUUCGCAAUUAGUGGGUCUUUAUCUAUCAUAUGUCCCCGGAUGGCGUCUCAUUCUCUUGGGUGGUGCUGUGAUCUCGAUUAUUCAAAUCAUCGUCCUUGGCUUCUCUGUCGAAUCACCGCGUUUUCUCGCCUCUAGACCUGGUGGAUUUCAUUCUGCCAAACGGGCAUUGCAAAAGUUGCGGGGAAACGCUGAUAUCGAAAAUGAACUUGGCGGAUGGCAACAAGUUGCUUCGGAAGAAGUAAUAGCCGAUGAUGAUAAUGUACCUCUAUCACUAGGAAGUGAAGAUGGUGAUGCCAUAACAGCGGAUCCUGCAGAUCCACCACCUGUUGUGUUUCGCGCGCACACACGUAGUGACGGCUUCGAUGUCUGGAAGUUCCUUACCAGUCCUCACUAUCGCCCAGCUCUAAAAGUGAUUUUACUCGCUCAUUCUACUCAACAACUGUCAGGUAUCAACGCCGUCUUGUAUUAUUCAACCAACAUUUUAUCCAAAAUACUUCCAGAUUCAAGUGACUUAAUCACCGUAUACAUAAGUGUCGUAAAUACGUUGAUGACUCUUGUGUCUGCCUACUUGAUGGAUAGGUCCGGGCGGAGAACCUUGUUAUUGUAUUCUAUCGGAUCGAUGAGUGCAGCUAGUGCUCUAUUAGGAUUUGGAAUUAUUCAUGAUUAUGGUUUUCUCUCAGCCUUAUCCAUAAUAUUAUUUGUUGCAACUUUUUCCUUCGGACUAGGACCGAUUCCAUUCCUGAUCACACCCGAAAUUGUCGAUACUCACGCUGCUGCCACAGCAUCGAGUUUGGGUAUGGGUUUGAAUUGGGUGUCGAAUUUUAUAAUUGGAUUUGUAUUUCUAAGUGUCAGCAAAAUGAUUGGUGGAUACGUUUUUUACAUUUUUGCUAUAUAUCUGGCCGGAUCCUUUAUUUUGGCUAGAAGACUUGUUCCUGAAACUAAAGCAAAGACUGUUGAAGAAGUUUGGCGUGGUUGGACCGGAAAGUAG